CAUAGGCAUUGGUUUGUGAUGUGGACAUUUGGCUACAAGUAUUAGCAAGAGUCCCUAGCCAAAAUUCUAUUGACUGCUUGUUGAAUGUCACACCAAGCAAGGUUUCCAGAUGGCAGGCAACCCAUACAAAACAACGGAGUUUGUCUCCAAAAUUCACGUGUGGUUACAAGAUGUUGACCCUGUUCGGCUUCGCGGUCUAGUUCAGAAAGAAGGGCUAAUCAGCUUUGACCAACUGGAACGUUUGAGGAAGAUGAAGGAUAUUGCUGAACACAAUGCAGAAUUGAUUUCAAUACUUUGUCCUGGAGAAACUAAAUCCUAUCAGGUCUUAUGUUCGGUGAUCCACCAAAUGGGCUACACUGACCGAUACUUGGAGAUGCUUCGUAUUGUGGAUAAUCCAGUGCAAGAAUUGCUGUCCUGGGUUGGGCAACCAGAGUCAGCCAACGCCAUAGCAACCAGAGCAGACACAUCUGUAACCAUGCCAACUGAAGACUGCACGACAGCAGCAGCUGCAUCAGCAGGAUAUGCAGCGUAUCAAUCCACUCCAGGGGCAGCAAGUCCAUCGCCACUUGAACAGCAAGUAGCACCACUGUGUCCACCGAUGAAAAGCAGAACUGCAGCAGCAAGACCAGGAGCAGAAGGAGAAGCAGCGGGAGCAGCAGCAGCAGCUACAGGGGCAAUGGCAGGAGCAGCAGGGGCAAUGGCAGGAGCAGCAACAGCAGCAGCAACAGCAGCAGCAGCAGCAGCAGCAGUGGCAAUGGCAGGAGGAGCAGAAGCAGACGCAGUAGCUUCGUCAGCAACUGUAUUAACCCCUCAAGCGUCACUACAGGCAAGGCUUCCAAUUGGAACAGUAACGUUAGAACGUGUGCGUGCAGCAACAGCAGAGUCAGAACUAGGAGCAACAGCCGGAGUAUCAGCUGUACCAGCACUUCAUCAUUGCAAUUAUCCAGCGCAACUUCCGACAUUUCGCUUAAGAUCAACGCAAGAAGUGUUUGAUCGGCCAUUCAAAUUGAAAGGGUGGUUCACUGACACCGUGAAGAAUUCAUCCUUGGGGGAAGCAGACCACAUCAAAUUAGUUAUGGCCUCGCAGACCAACAGAGACCGAGAGCCAGUUGAAGUUAUGGCGACCUACGAUGACGUGGUGGCUAUAACAUCCGAGCGGUGUGAAUGGCGGAAACGUGGCCUUCCUGAAGAAACCAGCGAGAUGGUGGACGUGUGUCUAGUAUGGGGAGAUGGUCACUCACGUGUAAAGCUGCAUGAGGUCCUGUUCGUGGAUGCUAGUCUCAACGAUGAGGCGUCACCUACUGCACCGAUGCUGCCGGACCUGGGUUCUCGCUGUACUGUAAGUGUACAAAUGAUGGCAUCAUGUCACUGUCCCACAUGCAGGGGCGUCGGAAGGUAAAUUAGUGUGGUACGGUCAGCCACCUGAAGUACAAUUUACUCGUGGGGAAGGGGUGGGUGAGCCGAACAUUUUGGAAAUUUAGAGCCCAAAUCAGUGCAUUUUAUUGAUUCACGGGGUACAUGGGUCACAUAGUGGUACGGUCAAUACCGUAGUGACCGUACCGUGUGCGACGCCCCUGCACAUGUACAUGUCACAAAGCUAUCCAAUAGUACGAAACAUGUACAUUCAAUCACAUUCCAUGGAUUUCUUCCCCACGUAUCUCAGUUUCUACAAUCAUCGGUCAUGUUAAUUAGUACAUCCUCGCCCAAAAUAUAUUUUGGAGCGUAUCAUGCUGUUCUUCGUCAUGUUCUGGCUGCUCACUGACGACAGGUGCUUCCGCGUGUGGCGGAAUGUUAGUCGCUCCGAACUGGACUUGCAACGACUUGAUCACUCCCACUUUUUUUAACAGGCGUCGCAAAAAGGC